GCUGAUGAACGUCGCUAAACUUUACAAUCCAUGGUUUCUAUCUCUCAUUCUCUUUUUCUCCCUUUUGAUAUGGCUUAAACUAGCCAAAGGGAAGAAGCUUAGUUUGCCUCCAUCGCCACCAAAGUUACCAAUUAUUGGAAACAUCCAUCAACUAGGCAAACUUCCCCACCGCUCCCUCCGAGACCUCUCAAGGAAGUAUGGCUCUUUAAUGCUUUUGCAAUUGGGGCAAAAUCCAAUUCUAGUGGUGUCCUCUGCUGAUUCUGUUAAAGAAAUGGUGAAAAACCAUGAUAUUGUUUUCUUAAACAAACCAAGUACCACGGCGGCGGAAAUCUUGUUUUAUGGAUGCAAGGAUGUGGGUUUUGCUCCUUAUGGAGAGUACUGGAGACAAGUCAGGAAGAUCUGUGUUCUUGAACUUCUGAGUCUCCGAAGAGUUCACUCAUUUCAAUUUGUAAGGGAAGAAGAAGUUGAUGUUCUUGUCGACAAGAUCCGUGGUGCUGCUGUUAAUGGAGAUGCUAUUAAUCUGACUGAGACGGCAAUGGCUAUUUCGAGCAACAUAGUUUCGAGAUGCGUUCUGAGUAGGAAAGCUGAAGAAGAAGAUGGUAGCAGGAGCAAGUUUGGGCAGUUGGCCAGAAGGGUGAUGGUUCUGUUCACGAGUUUGUGUAUUGGGGAUAUGUUUCCUUAUUUGAAGUGGUUGGAUAUGGUUACUGGAUAUAUUCAACGUUUGAAAACAACUUUUGGAGAAUUGGAUGCAUUUUUUGAUCAGGUGAUCGAGGAGCAUAGGGCCUUGCAAGCUCAGGAUGAUGUUGCUGAUAAGAGGGAUUUCAUUUCUAUCAUCCUACAACUUCAAAAGGAUGGCAUGGUUGAGAUUCACCUCCAUCAAGACAACAUCAAAGCAAUCUUACUGGACAUGUUCACUGGAGGAACUGAUACCACUUCAACAACAACAGAAUGGGUGAUGGCUGAACUCCUGAAACAUCCAAAUGUCAUGAAAAAGGUUCAAAAAGAGGUAAGAAAUGUGGUUGGAAAGAAACCAAAGGUUGAUAUGAAUGAUAUAAACCAAAUGGAAUACCUAAAAUGUGUGAUCAAAGAAACUUUAAGACUCCAUCCGGCUGUGGCAUUUAUGGUUCGUAGAGGAACAUCAGAAAGUAUUAAAUUGGAAGGUUAUGAUAUUCCUCCAAACACUACAGUUUUUAUCAAUGUAUGGGCAAUUCAAAGGGAUCCCAAAUGGUGGGACAAGCCAAAGGAGUUCUUCCCUGAGAGGUUCGAGAAUUCCACAGUUGAUUUCAAGGGCCAGGAUUUUCAAUUCAUCCCAUUCGGCUGUGGGAAAAGGAAUUGUCCUGGAAUGGCAUUUGAGGUUGUUUCUGUUGAAUAUUUGAUAGCCAACCUUCUGUUUUGGUUUGAUUGGAGGCUGCCUGAUGGAGAAAAUGCUGAGAAUUUGGACAUGAAUGAAGUCUACGGGCUAACUGUUAACAGGAAAUUCCCUCUCCAAGUUCUUCCAAUCUCUGAUUCAUCCUUCCUCUGUAAUCAAAGGAUGUGAUAAUUUCUCUUUCUUUUCUUUUUUUAUCUCUUAAAAAUAAUUGCAUGAUUUAAAAUAAGAUUGUCUUUUGCUAUAUAGAAGUAAUGUUUAACCAGCUGCAUCACAAUUGAAGAAC